AUGGCGUCGUCGAAGCCCGCUGUCCCUCAGAAUGAUAACGUCGCGCACGCCCUUGCCGGCGCUGGCGGCGGGAUCCUUUCUAUGGUCUUGACGUAUCCGCUCAUCACCCUCUCUACCCGCGCGCAGGUCGAGUCUAAGCGAGCCGAGACCGCCUUCCUAGCCGCCGUAAAACAAAUUGUUGCACGCGAGGGCGUCUCGGGAUUAUACGCGGGCCUUGAUAGCGCCGUAUUUGGUAUUAGUGUUACCAACUUUGUCUACUACUAUUGGUACGAAUGGACGCGCGGUUUCUUCGAGGCCGCUGCCUCCCGUGCCGGACGAGCUUCUAAGAAGCUCACCGCUAUCGAAGCCAUUAUCGCUGGUGCCAUUGCUGGUUCCGCCACUGUCAUCCUAACCAACCCUAUAUGGGUCGUGAACACGCGCAUGACGACUCGCAAGGGGCAAAUCGAGGCCGAGGAGAAUACCGGCGGUGUUCCCGUAGAGAAGAAAAAGCAACCGACUACCUUGGGUACCUUAUCAGCACUACUACGCGAUGAAGGUCCCCAAGCGCUCUUCCGCGGCGUCGUACCGGCCCUCGUGCUCGUUAUCAACCCCAUUUUACAAUAUACGCUAUUUGAGCAGCUCAAGAACGCGUACGAGCGACGCCGGAAACACAACGUAACCCCAACCGUAGCAUUCUUCCUAGGCGCUCUCGGCAAGCUUUUUGCCACCUCCAUCACUUACCCAUAUAUCACUGUCAAGAGCCAAAUGCACGUCGCCGAUGAUGGCCAGAAGCGCGAGGGCAUGACCCAGGCCAUUCGGCGAGUUAUCAAGGAAGAGGGUUAUUCCGGCCUGUAUAGGGGUAUCGGCCCUAAAGUCACCCAGAGCGUCUUGACAGCCGCCUUUCUCUUCGCCUUCAAGGAUGUUCUCUAUGAGCAGACGAUAAAACUCAGAGGCACCAUGGCCAGAAAGGCCAUCAAGGCAUAA